AUGGACGCACACCGCAGCAACUUGCUCGACCUUGCCGGCGCAGGUCACGACCUCGCAGGCCAGCUGCAGGGGACGCACACCUGCAGUCCCGCCUUCAAGUACAUCGUCGCCGGCCCUGCAGCAGCAGCCUCGUGGGUCCUCGAACUACCCGCGAGCGACCUGUCGAACAAGCUCGCCAGUUUGAUUUUCGUCCCGACGAACCUCUGCAGGAUCCGCAUCAUACCCUUGGUCCCGACCGCCGCCUGGGACCGCUCGUCGCACGCACAGCUCCAAGGCAUCAUCGUUGGCGACCGCCAACGAGGCGAGAACUACCGCAGCCCGUACUUUUCCUUGCCUCGUCAGGUCGUCGGGACGAGCGGCGCAACGACCAACAUCAAGGUCAAGCUCGAAUUGUCAGGCCUCGCCAUGGAGCCGGCAAAUUGGAGGCUGUCGUGUCACAAGAACCCGCGGGCACCUCUCGCUCCCAUCCAGACGGCACCGCCCAUCAUCUACAGCGCCCUCGUCGGCAUCAAGCACAUGCGCGAGGAGCAGUCGCGCCCGGGCAUGUCCACCGCCAAGUCGCGCGACUGCGAGUCGAUCCUCAUGUCGGACUUUCUCGGGCUCCUUAUCGUGGUCGAGCUGCACAACGUUCCCGGCGCCGAAGCGCCCAAGGGCGGCCUCGACUCGUGGCGCCACUUUGUGCGCUUGCUCACCGUCGACGUGUACAAGGCGAUGCGGGACUUUGUCGCCCGCGGCGGGCUCGACGGCCGCUUUGCGCGCGACGCGGCGACCUGGUUCGUCGAGCACGCGUCGGAGGCCGACGAGGGCGAGUUCGACGUCUUCCUCGCGGCGGCCCAACGCGCGAUCGACUGGGUCAAGAUGCUGUUCACGUACGACCAUACUGGUCGUCCGAUUCAGCCGGCCUUCGAGUUCCGCUCGCUCAAGAAGGCGGCUCACUCGGCGUUCGUCCCUCAAGCUCGUCGCGUCUUGUAG